AUGAUAGAUAAAUAUUCUUUAUGUGAUAUAUCGAUAAAUAAUGGUGAAGAUGGAAAACCUGUGUGGAUAAUUAUUAAAGGUGACGUUUACGAUGUUACAAAAUUUGUAAAAGAACAUCCUGGUGGGGAGGAAUUGCUUUUGGAAUACGCCGGAAAAGAAGCCACCAAAGCUUUCAACGAAGUGGGACAUUCUAUUGAUGCCAUACAACAAAUGAAAUCGUACAAAAUAGGUGUAGUUGAUAACGAUUGUCAACAAAAAUGUGGGCCUUCAAGAGACACAAAAACUCAAGAGCAAGAAUGCUGCCGACGGGAAAAGAAACAAAAUAGAUUGUUUUCUCUUUUUAAAAAGAAUCGCACUUAG